AUGACGGUUUCAUACACCCUUAAAGUGGCAGAGGCGCGCUUUGGAGGCUUCUCGGGCCUGCUCCUGCGCUGGAGGGGCAGCAUCUACAAACUCCUCUACAAGGAGUUCCUGCUCUUCUCUGCCCUGUAUGCCAUACUCAGCAUCGCCUACCGGCUGCUGCUGACCCAGGAACAGAAGCAUGUGUAUGCCCAGGUGGCCCGGUACUGCAACCGCUCAGCAGAGCUCAUCCCCUUGUCCUUUGUAUUGGGUUUCUACGUGACCCUGGUGGUCAACCGCUGGUGGUCUCAGUACACCAGCAUCCCGCUGCCAGACCAGCUGAUGUGCGUCAUCUCAGCCAGUGUGCACGGCGUGGACCAGCGUGGCCGCCUGCUCCGCCGCACCCUCAUCCGCUAUGCCAACCUGGCCUCGGUGCUGGUGCUGCGCUCCGUGAGCACCCGCGUGCUCAAGCGCUUCCCUACCAUGGAGCACGUGGUGGACGCAGGUUUUAUGUCCCAGGAGGAGAGGAAAAAAUUUGAGAGCCUGAAAUCCGACUUCAACAAAUACUGGGUCCCCUGUGUCUGGUUCACUAACUUGGCGGCCCAGGCUCGCAAGGAUGGGCGAAUUCGUGAUGACAUCGCUCUUUGUCUUCUUCUGGAAGAGCUGAACAAGUACCGUGCCAAGUGCAGCAUGCUGUUCCACUAUGACUGGAUCAGCAUCCCACUCGUCUACACCCAAGUGGUGACGAUAGCUGUAUACUCCUUUUUUGCUCUCACUCUGGUUGGCCGGCAGUUUGUAGAGCCAGAGGCAGGGACUGAAAAACCUCAGGAGCUUGAACCAACGCCAGCCCUGGGGAACCUGGACAUGUAUGUCCCUCUCACUACACUGCUGCAGUUCUUCUUCUAUGCUGGCUGGCUCAAGGUUGCAGAACAGAUCAUCAAUCCCUUUGGUGAGGAUGAUGAUGAUUUUGAGACUAAUCAACUUAUAGACCGAAACUUGCAGGUGUCCCUACUGUCUGUGGAUGACAUGUACCAGAACCUGCCUCCAGCAGAGAAGGACGCAUACUGGGAUGAGGACCAGCCACAGCCACCCUACACAGUGGCCACAGCGGCCGACUCACUGCGGCCUUCCUUCCUGGGUUCCACCUUCAACUUGAGAAUGAGUGAUGAACUGGAGCAGAGCGUGCAGGUGGAGUUAUCCCCGAGGUUGGCUGGGCCAGCGCCCGCAAUGCAAACCCCAUUGCUCAGCCGCUUUCUGGGGGCAGGUGCACCCUCUCCUGCCAUCAGCCUCCGGAACUUUGGCCGCCGGGUUGUCCCCCGGACUCCCCAUCUGCUGCGCUUCAGAGGUGAGGAGGGAGGAGACUCUGAGACUGCUGAACGCAUUGAGGAAGAAGCAGUGGCAGAGUCCCCAGAUGAACCCCUGGGACCCUGA